AUGAGCUUCGAUUUUGGCAGUGCAAAUGGCGGAAAUGAUGCCUUGCUAGACCUCACCUUCGACCAGCACCAUCGGGACCGCACGGCCGCCUACGCUUACACGGCCACCUCGACGUCCCACGCCGCCGCCUCGUCCGCCAUCAUGGCCAACUCAAGAACCUGGCCCAUACCGCUCGGCAUGGCGACCGCGACCACGAGCCCCCAGGCCAGCUCCCCCGUGGACCGCAAGGGGACGUCGCCGCUGUCCAGCUCGUCAAGCCCUCACAGCCAGCACUCGUCGUUGCAUCAUUCGCCCUUUGAGCCGUCGACCAACCCCCUCACCGAUUGGGCUCUCCAGCAACAGCAACAGCAGCACCAACAGCAACAGCAACAACAGCAGCAACAGCAGCAACAGCAGCAGCAGCAGCAACAGCAAUUGCCCGCUGCAGACCUGGCGCAGUUCCUUCACGAGUCGACGUUGAUGAACUUUAACGCCUUCCCGCCCAACUUCCCGCCCAACCCACUCGACUACCUGCCCCCCUCUACGCAGGCCGCGCUUCAGGCUAACCUCUUGGAGUCCACCUUUGGCACCAUGCCCUCGAUGGAGGAGACGGCUCAGGCGAUGCAUUGGGGCAAUGCAGGCAUGGACAAUUGGCAGGAGUUCCAGAACACGCUGCAGAUGGAUGGUCUCCCCCGGCUCGGCAGCGUCGGCAGCAACUCGCCCACCGGGACGUACCUGGAGGUCCUCUCGCUGCCCUCAUCGUCCGGGGAUGGAUGGGCCAUGGUGGACUGGAGUCACCACCACAAUCUCGAUCAGUUCCAACAGGCUCAGAACGCAGCCAUCUUCAACCCGUCCCAAACGCUCCACCUGCGGACCAACUCGGACUCGUCUGACGGCGCCAACUCGCUUGAAUUCGGAAGUUUCGAGGAGAUCCCGCCCUUCCCCUAUUCUCCCUUCUCCCCGGAUUCGGAUGGUUACCAGGACAGCCACAGCCACCGAAACUGCUUUUCCAGUGACGGUCAUAGCCAUUCUCAUGACAACGUCAGCCCAGCUGCUGCCGUCGCCCCCGUGCCUAUCAAGGUUGAGUCCGUCGCCGCCAGCCGCCACAGCCCUGGCAGCGGUGCUGGGUCAACAUCACCGCCGUCGUCCUCUUCGCGGCGGAACUCGGGACCCCGCAAGAGCCCCAUCACCAAGACAACCAAGACCAUUGUGCGCCGCACGUCCAACGGCAAGAAGGAUGGCACUGUGGAGAAGAAGGUUGGCCGGAGAAAAGGACCCCUUCUGCCCGAGCAGCGUAAGCAAGCUAGUGAGAUCAGGAAGUUGAGAGCUUGCCUGCGUUGCAAGUUCCUGAAGAAGACUUGCGACAAGGGUGAGCCUUGCGCCGGUUGCCAGCCGUCCCACGCCCGCCUCUGGCAGGUGCCAUGCACUCGCAUUGAUAUCAAGGACAUUGGCUACUUCAUGAAGGACUGGAAGGCCGACUACGAGAGGCACAUGGACCUUGGCGUCUCCGUGUACAAUGUCAAAGGUUUCUCUCAAAAGGAGAGCCUCAUGUGGAUCACGCACGGCUAUGGGUUUGCCCUGCCCGUCAUGGUCCGCGAGGUGUACGUCGCGGAUGACGGAUGCUUCUCCGUCGAAUGGGUCGAGUCAACCCAACCUGACCAGGACCCCAUCGACUUUGAGACCCGUACCGAGAAGCUUGAUGUCGGAGCCGAGGGCGUUCGCAUCGAUGCUCUUGCCGAGUACCUCGACAAGCACAUCGAUGGGCCGUUUGAGGACUUCAUCGACGACCACUUUGAGGGCACUCCCUUCAUCACGGAGAUCCUCAAGACUGCUCACCGGUUCUACGUCAAGGAGGGUAUGCCUGUGAUCAAGAAGGCGCUCAAGCUCGUGCUGGCGUACAACUUGACCAUGCACAUCACCAUGGUGGAGAACCAGGGGUCCGAGGUCAAUCUCGAUGGCCAGAUUGAUGACGAGGACUCCAAGUUUUACGGCCGCACUGUUGCGCCGGUCAUGAUCAACUUCCAGAUCAAGUGUGCGCUUGCGGACAUGUGGAGAGAGCUGCAAAAGGACAUCCUUGAGGAGCUCUCUUCUCUGUACUCUGGCGUAUACAGCGGCGAGAAGAUGAAGAACUGGCCUACCAUCUUCAUGCUCGCAUCCAUCCUGCUCGCGGUCUGGGAGGAGAUGCAGUUUGACUGCCACUACCGUGUGCCCGACCCGGCGGCGGUGAACAAGUUCUGUAACGACAUGGAGACGACCCCCGUCGGAGUGAUUGUGGGCCUCUUCCAUGCUAUCUCGCAGAAGCUGCCCGCCUUCACCGACUGGGACACCCGCCAGCAUGGGCACCUGUUGCACAACAACACCUCGGUAUGCGAGGCCAUGACUGAGGUUCGACAACAUGUUAUCAAGCAUGAGGCGUACCUGCGAACCCGCAAGGAGAGCAAGUUUGACCGUUACGACUUUGACUCGCUGUCGAACAAGUUCCUGUCCAAGCUGGUCAUCCGCGCCAACUGA